UUUAUAUAAAUAAAUAAACAUUUCACCUUAUCAUAACCUUCUCACUACAAUUCUAAAUCCCAAUCAACUUUAGGUUAUUUGCUGUAACAAAAAUUCAAUGGAUCAAAAUCAACAAGGAGGUCGACCUUCUUCUUCAACCAAAGUGGAAAGAAAGAUUGUUGAGAAAAAUAGGAGAAACCAAAUGAAGAUCCUCUUUUCUAAACUCAACUCUCUUCUCCCUAGCUAUAAUCAAAAGGAAUUAGCGUUACCGUUACCUGAUCAAGUAGAUGAGGCUAUAAACUAUAUAAAGAGCCUAGAGAUAAAUAUAAAGUUGGCAAAGGAGAAGAAAGAAAGUUUAAUGGGAAACAAGAAGAGAUCACGUGGUGGCUGGUCGAGUUCUUAUGGAGCGAAAGGAAGCAUAGAGUUGCCAAAAAUAGAGAUUCAUGAAAUAGGACCCACUCUACAAGUGAUUGUAACAUGUGGGGUUGAUGAACAUUUUAUUUUCUGUGAAAUUAUGAGAAUACUGCAUGAAGAGAACGUCGAUGUUAUCUCUUCAAAUUCUUCUUUGGCCGGUGAUUCACUUCUUCAUACUGUGCUUGCUCAGAUUCCACAAUCUUUGUUACAAUUUGGAGAAACCAAAAUAAGCAAGAGAUUGAAAGCGUUUGUGGACGGAUCCAUGAGCGAUGUGGAAACAGAUCCUCAAUUGUGGGAUCUUGAAAUUGGAAGUGAGACUUGGGAGCUUCUACAUUCUCAACAAGAUCCUGCGGCCAACAACAUCAGCCAAAACAGACCUAAUCAUACUGCAAGAAAUUGCUUCAAAAUCAAGGGUUAUCCUAAGAGAAAUGGAGGCAAAACAGAAGCUAACACAGCUGCUCGCCAAUAUGCACCACAUCAUCCUAACUGGAUCAUUGACAGAGGGGCAUCUCAUCACAUUGCUCAAGAUUUUUAG